AUUUUUCACUGUUCCUGUUUCACUCAUUUCACUCAAAAGUAUCAUCACACUUGCGGUUUUGUGCAAGUUGUUUACGUUAUCUUAAUAAACGAUGAACUCGGGGAAACAGUAACGGAAUAUGUAACGUUAAAUCUAGCAUGUAAAUUUCCUCGUAAGAUAAAUGUUUACAAUAUUAAAUAACAAUACUGAUGUUAUUUAUUAAUUUACUGUCUUACUUAAAUAUCUUUCAUAAACAAAUGUCUGGUAUAAUAUGUCCCUAAAUAGAAAAUAUGUUUUUGUUUUUCAUAGAGUAUCACACUAAUAAAUGCAUGUGUUUAUUAUUUUAACAUAAAUCAUUUAAUGGCAAAGAAAAGGCACGAAACCAUGGCAUUGUUUACCUUCACAACCAUGGCAGAAACGACAGAGGACGGUCGAAUCGACACGGAUAAAAAACAACUUGUUGAACUCUUGGAGGACUUGAAACGCUCCAAUGCAGCGCAACAAGCAGAAAUCGAUCUAUCUGAGCGAUAUAUUAAUCGACUGGACCCACAAACUCAUUUGGAGUCUUUUGAAACAGCAUCACAGCUCGAAAUGGCAACUAUUCCAGGAAGGAAAACCAAAGUACACACUCCAGAGAGACAACAGCUUCUGACACUGGAACAGAAAUGUGAUGUCACCCAAAGCGUGCAUAAACAGAUUACAGAAGAUUUGAAGAAAGCAAAAGACCAUUCAGAAAGAGAGCUGGAUAAUUACAAGGCAACUCUGGAAGAAGCUAAUAUCCACUUGGCAGAGGUUAAAAAAGAAUGUUGCCAGUUUGAUCGGGACAUCGUUAAAGCACUGCGAGACAAAAAGGGUGUGACGAUGAGUGCUGAGAAGGUCAGCAGAUACAUUGAGGAUAAAGUAAGGGCAAAGGAGAACUUGAUUGAGAAGUUGUAUCAGAAGAACGCAGCACUCCUCUCAUACAAGAAAAAACUACAAAUCCAGUUGAAACAACAAGAGGAGAUGGGUGAAGGGCUGACGGCUAUGGACUUUGAGCAGCUCAAGUUUGGGAACAUGAAAUGUAGGAAGCAGCUGGAUGAGCAAAACCUCAAACAUAUGGAACUCAAACUGCUUGCAGGGAAGACCUUGCAUGUCUUGAAUUCUGAGAAGGAGAAGCUUCAGACCUUGGCACAUGAGUCAGAUGUGCUCAACGGUGACAUUGCUUUACGAAUGAAGAUACUGGUUAAGAUUGAGGAGGAAACUAAGCAAGCAGAAGAGGAACAAAACAAAGCAGAGGCCCUGAACAGGAAGUUGAGGGGCCAGUUGGCCGAUUUUCACAUACCACAUGUCCUACAAUACAUCAAGGUUAAGGAGUCUCAUGGUCAGCUGCAGAAGAGUGUUAAAGAAUGGGAACGCAAGGUGGAGAUUGCAGAGAUGGCUUUAAAAACACACACAAAAUCCUGGGCCAAGCUUCGGAUCGCUGCUGGAGCCAGACCAGUUCCUGCACAACAUGCAGCAAUAGAUGCUGGAUUGUAUGGGUUCUGAAACAACUACAACUACUAUGUCCUAAAUAACAUCAGUGCCCAAGAUAAUGUCAAAGAUGCCCAUACAUUUAGCAUCUUUUGCUAAAUUUCAUUGAAGCAAAAAUGUCUUAACAUAAACAAUAAAAAUGAACAUACAAAUGACACACAACAA